AUGUCAGCCAACACGACCAGCCCUACCAAGGCUCAGCCUCUCUCUGACCGUUCGACAAAUAUCUUCCUCUCUCCAGGAGCAAACAACACGUCAAAGAUGUGUGGUGACUCCGCGGCAGAUAUCAAGGCGGCGACUAGCAAGUCAAUGGAUUAUCACCGUCAAGUUCUGAAAGAAAAGCUGGAAGAGGGAAAGAUGAAGGCACCGGGACAUUAUAUCUCGCCAUCUGAUGGCAUCAUGAGCCCUUGCACGAAGAAGUUGAGUGACUUAAAAGGCAAAAAAUUCAAGAAUGCCAAACCGCAAGUACUGUUUGCCAAAGCACUUGCAAAAAAAUCCUACGAUAAGAUGAGCUCGGAGAGUCCUAGCGAAGAUGGCCCGACGGCCUGA